CACGUCACAUUCUUUUGAGUCCCUAUAAUUCUCGACCCUGAUCUCGCACCCCAAAAGUCUCGCCCUUCUUUUCCUUUACCUAAAUCCUAAUCGAUUAUCACAAUUUCAUCUCAUUAAGGCUGAAAUUUCUAGCUUGUUCUUGCAGUGGAGUUUGGGGUUCAUGGUGAUGUUAAUGGUGGCAUGGUACUGAAUUCGGUCCAAGCAGAGGCUAGUAGCAUGGAAAAUGAAAAUGAAACAGGAGAAAAUCCUGUUGAAGAAACGUUUCAAAAGGAAUUGAAUGAAAAAGUGGAGCAAAUUUCUCCAGGAAGGGAUGACAUCCCAGAGGGUAUUCCGGCUGAUGAGCCUUACGUGGGUCAGGAAUUUGAAUCUGAGGCAGCUGCACAUGCUUUUUAUAAUGCGUAUGCCACAAGGGUGGGAUUCAUCAUUCGGGUAAGCAAACUUUCCCGUUCAAGACGUGAUGGAUCUGCUAUUGGUAGGGCACUUGUUUGCAACAAAGAGGGUUUUAGAAUGCCUGACAAGCGAGAAAAAAUUGUGAGGCAAAGGGCAGAGACGAGGGUUGGAUGCAGGGCAAUGAUUUUGGUGAGGAAAGUAAGUUCCGGCAAAUGGGUUGUCACGAAAUUUGUUAAGGAGCACACUCACCCUCUGGCACCUGGAAAAGGUCGUAGGGAUUGCAUUUAUGAUCAAUAUCCGAAUGAACAUAAUAAAAUCCGAGAAUUAACGCAGCAGCUGGCCAUUGAGAAAAAGAGAGCUGCAACUUAUAAAAGACAUCUAGAAUUGAUUUUUGAGCAAAUUGAGGAGCACAAUGAGAGUCUAUCAAAGAAGAUCCAGCACAUAGUCGACCGUGUGCGUGAAAUUGAGAGCAAAGAGCAACAGAACCGUGUAUAGUUCCUGGUUAGCUUUUUAUACACCGUUGAAAUAUAUAUAAAUAUAUAGAGUGAAACCUGGUUAUUGAGUAGUUGGGUAAAAAUAGAUGUCUUUUACGUUUUUGAUAGAAUUUAGUGAGGUUUGUUGGCUGUAAAAUCUAGGGUUUAUACCAAUUCAUUAGAAUUUGCCUUGUAUAAUUAUGCUUCCAAAUUUGAACCACAUCAGAAUUAGGGUUUAUACCAAAUUAAAUUAGGUCAGUCAAUGUACAGUUUUUUGGGGCCAAGCCUUGCUGCAACUUGUGUGAAGGGUGCCAAUAUCUUUGGCAUUGGGGUUUUAAUUUGGUUGAUUAGAUUAUUUAAUUCUAGAGUUUUCUUUUUCUUUUUUUAUUCUUGUACUCUUUGUUUUUUCUUUAAACAAUCGGAUUAAAAUUUGGUCACUCUUUAAGUAGCAUUAAAAUGACUUUUUCUGUUCAGUUAAAUUAUAUAUUGAUAUUUUU